GUUGGGUUUCACUUCAAAAAUACGUAAAAAAAAUUAUACCCCAGGCGCAAGAAUCGUAAUGCCUGUACUGGGGCCCACGAAUGCUUUGCACGGCCCUGCUGAUGUAAGGCAAGAAUAUCAAUGACACCCUGUAUAAUUCCGGCAAUACGUACUUGGGGUGCACCCCUCUAAUGAACUGCGUUCCUCUCCUCUUUUUAGAAUUUUAAUUUUUUUAUCUUCACCCAAUUUAAAGAUUUCAUUAUUGAUUAUUCAAGUUAAUAAGGCAUUAUUAUUGUUCAAUAUUCAUCAAUAUGCCAUUCAUAAUGGGAUGUCUCAAAAAUAUGUUCUUAAAUUUAUUUUUAAAAUUCCAAAUCAAAGGACACAACAACGUAAUUAGUAAGUAAGUUUUUAAAAGCAACAUAUUAUCAUAUUGAUAGCAACAACAAAAAAUAUUUUCAACGCGUUAUCACUAAUUAAUUCAUUAAAUUGGGAAAUUGUUGUUCAAAGAAGAUCUUAUUUGUUAAUAAAAAAAAUUACUCGACGAGUCCGCGCAUGCGAAGGUUAUUAAAAACUAAUUGAGGCUGAACGGUUUUCCAGUCCAAAUAAUUCAACGCGACAGUACCUAACCUUAUUCGAGCAAUUUGAACCAGUUGAUUGUCAGUUAAUUUCUGAUUUAAAGUGAUUUAUUUAUACCAAAAAUGGCUACUGUUACGCAAGUUGGAGAAUAUAAACUGGGCAAACUAAUAAUUGAAGGAAAAACCAAACAAGUCUACGAAAUCCAAUCACAUCCUGAUCAAUGUCUAUUGCUGAGCAAAGACAGAAUCACUGCUGGCGAUGGAGUCAAAGCUCACGAAUUGAAAGGAAAAGCUGUUGUCUCUAACAAAACUGCCAGCAAAGUUUUUGAAAUAUUAAACUCAGUUGGUGUCCCGACCUCCUUUGUUAAAGCCGCCUCGGAAACAUCUUUUGUCUCGAAAAGAUGCGAAAUGGUACCCAUCGAAUGGGUUACCAGACGUCUAGCAACUGGUUCAUUCCUAAAGAGAAAUCCAGGAGUUCCAGAGGGCUACAGAUUUGCGCCUGUAAAACAGGAGACCUUUUUCAAAGACGACGCCAAUCACGACCCUCAAUGGUCAGAAGAACAAAUUAUUAGUGCUCAGUUUAAAUUUAAUGGAAAAUUGAUUGGUGAAAAGGAAGUAGAUUACAUGGCCAGAAUAUCGAUUUUGGUAUUUGAAAUAUUGGAAAAAGUGUGGCAAACAAGAAACUGUGCUCUGAUUGACAUGAAAAUAGAAUUUGGAGUUACGGCAUGUAGAGAAAUCGUUGUUGCCGAUGUCAUAGACUCAGAUAGCUGGCGGUUAUGGCCAUCUGGAGACAAAAGACUGAUGGUCGACAAACAAGUUUACCGUAAUCUCGCCAAUGUAACCGAUAAGGACCUGGAUACUGUCAAGAGGAAUUUCGAAUGGGUUGCUGACCAAUUGGACCAUUUAUUACCACCAAGUGACCAUUUGGUAGUGAUCAUCAUGGGUAGUCCAAGUGACAGCGUCCACUGCAACAAAAUCAGACAAUACUGCGAAGAUUUAGGCCUAAACGUAGAAAUCCGCGUUUCUUCAGCCCACAAAACCACCGAGGGCACUUUAAAAAUUAUCAGCCACUACGAAUCGCUCAACAUUAAAAUCGUAUUUAUUGCUGUAGCAGGAAGAUCUAACGGUUUAGGCCCAGUCAUCUCUGGAAAUUCAGAUUUCCCUGUUAUUAACUGUCCACCAGUCACUAAAGACGACGUAGACAGGGAUAUAUGGUCAAGUUUAAACGUGCCAAGUGGUCUUGGUUGUUCCACGGUAGUUUAUCCUGAAACCGCUGCAUUGGCGGCAGCUCAAAGUAUCGCUUUGUCCAAUUACAUUGUUUGGUCAAAAUUGAGAGUCAAACGGUUGAAUAAUUAUAAAACUUUGCCACAGGCUGAUGAGGAAGUAAGAAAUAAAUAAUUUACCUGUCUUAAUCAUAUUUAUCACUUUUAUUCAUAUGUAAUAGUUUUUUUUUGUUAUACCUACUGCAUUUGAAAUUACAAUUAAAUUGGUAAAAAUAAUUAA